UUUUAAAAAAUAAAAUUUAAAAUUUAAAAAUGUAUUCAAAUAUUCCGAUAAAAGUUGUUUAUGAUAAUACUGCAUUAGUUACUAAAAAUUUAUAAAUAGAAAUCUCAAAUUAAAUUAAGUCAAACAAAUAUUUGCAAUUAAUUGAUUUAUAUGAUUUAUAAAUAUAAUAGUAUCGUUUAUAAGAAACAUAUGAAUAAAAAGUUAAAGAAACAAUAUCAAAAUUUAAAACAUAAGCAAAAGAAAUAUUUUAAGAGUAAAAUGCUAUUAUUAGUGGAUCUAAAAGGGAAAAAGAUUUCACUCUUUAAGAAAUAAAGAAUACUGAUUUAUAUUUUGAUAAUUCGAAUGCAGAAGAAAAUAUGAUAAAAAAUGAAAGAUUUGCAAGCACUAAUUUACUUCCAAUUGAUGAUUAUUGGUUUUUGGCUUUGACUUAAUGUGAAUUAAUAUCAAAUUAAGUAAAAAUAAAUGAUAAGAUAAUAUUAAAGUCGUUAAAAUAAAUUUAUUAUGACUAACCUGACGAAAAUUAAUUUACUUUAAAUUUCGAAUUUAAUAACCUACAAGAACUGAAUCUACAAUAAUAGAUUGGUAUGAAGGGAAAGAUUUAACAAGAAAAACAGUUAAAAAAAUAAAAAAACAGACGCACAGGUGUUAUAAGAAUAGUUACUCAUGAAAUAGAAAAUGAAAGCUUUUUUAAUUAUUUUAAUACUUUAAAUUUUGAAAAUGAAAAGGCAAAUAUAGAUAAUCUUUAGGAUCGAUUAUGUAUAGAUUAUAAUAUUUCAAGGGCUAUUAUAGAUGAAGUAUUACCUUAUAGUUUAGAAUAUUAUUUAAAGGUGAGAAAAUUAAAAUUAUAAGUACAACAUAGAUCAAUUUUUGAAAAUGAAGAUGAUGAUGAAGAUCAGUAUGAUUAAGAUAAAAUCAAUGAUAAAAUUGAUAAUAAUUAAGAAUUUUAAGAAGAAUAGAAAAAAAAUAAAAAUUAAAAAGGAGGAAAAAAAAAAACCACAAUUUUAUAAAAUGAUAAAAAAGAAUAAAUUUAUUUAAAAAAAAAGAAUUAAAAUUAUAUUAAUGAUAAUUUUUAUGAUAACAAUAAUUGCCAAUAAUAAUGA